AUGGAUGUCGCCCCAAAGCCCUGCCGUCCUCCAGUGAUGCGGGUGGCUGGCACCCCUGCACUUCAUGCACUUCACGUGACACCCUUCAAGCGAGGAGUCCUGGGCGCACUGCCUGCUCUUGUGCGCUUUGCCCGUUCUUGGACCCAGCGACGUGCGACGGUGGAUGUUGUACGGGAUCAACCCUUGAUCUGGGUGGUGGAUGGCCUGUGUGAGCAACAGCAUGUCCAGCAAUUGAAAGAGAUUUUGGAUCAGCAGGAUGUCAGCUUCGUGAGGAAGACAGAUGCAUACGUUGACGACAUGUUCGACGAGCGCAGAGAGUUGCAAGAGGAUGCUCAGAUGCUCGUGUCGAUGAUGAGCAGCGGUGCUUUGCAAAUGGCGCCCAGCAAGUACCAGAGUGAUCCCUUGCGCUCCUUGCUGUGGUUGGCCAUGCAGCGGCCAGAGUUGCUUCAGACAAGUGCUUGGGACAUAGGGCAACUGUCCACCACCCGACGUGCCUGGUGCGCACAGUGGAAUCCUGAGGAUUUGGCUCGCAGUGGCUUUCGGAAGAGUGCCUUCCGAUGCAAAGUGCCAGAGGAAAUGCUGAGUCAUUUAGCGCCCUUGGUAGUGGAUGUCCUUGGUGCUCCAGUUCAGGGCUUGCCAGGGACAGACUCAGCGCGGGGCGCAGUGGCACCUUCGUGGGCUCUUCGUGAUACCACGGUUGUGAGGUAUCAGCAAGAUGAGUCGCAGGUGCCGCAUAUUGACACAAGUGAUGUCACUAUGCUUCUCUAUUUGAGCGAUGAUGGAGGCCAUACUUGCUUCCCAAAUCUGGGAUGCAGUAUUCCUCCCCGUGAGGGUCGCAUCCUGGUUUUUUGCAGCACCAGUCCCUCAAACAGGCGCUUUGGUGGAUUCGCUGGCUCUGCGUAUGGGGAGCCACUAGAUGCCACCAUGCACUAUGGCGGCCUCAUGGAGAAAUGCAAUGGAGAGAAAUUGAUUGUCCAGCUGCUCUUCGCGGCUGAAGAUUCCAGCUUGCCGCUUGAUGGUAGCUGGUCUCCUGCUUUGCGUGGCGCCAAAGUGCGCGAGGCUGGCAGGACGCAGAAUAUGGAGGCAAGGUCAAUGACCAUUCCUUCAGUAGCGCGGCGGCGUCAAAGCUUAGUGUUCAGCAACCGGCGCUGUGCCAGUGGCUGCAAGGGGCUGGCCCUGGAUUUGGAAGUGCCGGGAGCAACGAAAGUAUGCGUCCACUGCUGGCAGCGACGCUUGCAAGAAGCCCGAAAAGGGCUCGAUGGAGUGGCAAAAUGGAGAAAAUAA